AUGGGUUUGAUAUUCUUGGAAUCGCUGCCGGGUCCCAAGGUCUUCAAGUGCAGAAGCUGCAGUGCGCAAUUGGCCGCUCGCGAUGCCGUCAUCUCGAAGGACUUCCACGGGCGUUACGGGCGGGCCUACCUCUUCAAGAAAGUGUGAGCAUCUCCUCUCCUUAUAUUCCAGGACUCUCACAACCUCCCUUCUCCUACGCAUACACCCAAACAAGGACAUUCAUUCUCUCCUUUUCAGAUUGUAAUUUCUCCGUUCUCGUGCUCGGUUCUCGUAAAUAGACAUUGGGCUAUAGUCGUCGCUCUGGCUUCGGUUUUAAGAUCGAAAUAUUUCUGCUAAUUCCGUUGUUGGAGGGCGUGUGGUGGGGUGAGAUGGGGAAAAGAAGGUAAGCCUGAAGCCUGGAAUGAAAGAGCCGUGCAUUCCCAUCGGUGGCAAUCUAGGGAAUUUGUCCAUGGAAAGUUGAUACUGUAAAAUUUCGCUUUUUUGGCCCACUAUCAUAGAGCCAGUAUGAAUAAAAGUUGUACGUGCUUGAGUCUGGCUUAUUACGGAACAGAUUGUUGUAGAUCUGAUUCAAGUUCGAUGAAUAUAUUUGUAAAUAGACGCAAGCAAUGCUGUGAAAGUGAUACAUCGUUCUCCGCUCAUGAUAUAAUGUUCAUGUAAUCUCAAAGAUACGAAUGAACCAUAAGAUGUCAGUGUGGAGGAUGAACAAUGCCACUUUGAUGGCCUAGUUAAUGUGUUGCAAAAUCUCAGAAUUAGCCGUAAUUGCUGCCAGGGGGAUAAAAUGUAGUCGUUCCCUGCGUCAAAGCAUAAUGAUUGAACCGUUGGUUGCUUUCCAUCAUGUUUUAGUGUUCUUUCAGGUUGGGAGAGGGAGAUACGUGCCAUUCGCUUGUUGCAGUUAAUUUAGAAAAAAGAGCUCUGCUAUGAUCUCUUUGGUUUUACUGGUAGUUUCUGUACUGCCUUGUUACAUAAAUGUCCACAUGCUUCAUGUCGUUACCAAUGGUGCAUUCGUGAGAUGAGAGCAUGUUGCUGAUGAUUCUCACUAACUAUAUUCAUGCUUGAAAGUGAGCGUGAGUUGUUGUGCGGCAAAAUUCUGUUUUUGUAAUACCAUGAGUGAAAAUGAAUAUUUCUGGGGAGAAAAUGAAUGUGGCUGGUCAUUGCUACGUAUGUCCCUGAGUGGAAAGGGACUGCGUGUAAGCCAGUUUUCUAUUUGAACGAGUAAAUUUGUUUGAACUUCAAUUUAUUUGUAAAUUUGUUUGAACUUCAAUUUAUUUGUUGUUAGGGCUAUAUGGGUCUCAUUUAUUGGGAAGCGGGUUCACAUUCCACUCAAUUUCCCUGACAUCUUUCUCGGUCUUUCUUGCAUUGUGAAAUUAUCUUCGGAUAUUUCAUGUUUCUUCACUUUUGAGACCGGUUACUCUUAUUAAGGUAGAUCGUUGUAAGAGGGAACCAUGCAAUAAGCAAAGUGUUUCGUUAGUAAAGCUAUGUGUGGAGCUCAGUUGGAGGAAAAAACUGUCAACUGAUUUUUCAUUCAUUCGUCUUUCAACACAUGACCACAUUCUAGGACUCCCCUUCCCUCCUGUACAUUCUCCCAUGUAAACUGAUAUUUGACACAGUACAACAAUUUAUGUUUCAUUUUCAGACUUUCUAGAACUGAGAAAGAUUGGCCUUGUAACUGUUAUACAACUUCAGGGUGAACAUCUGCUUAGGUCCCAAUGAAGAACGACAUCUCUUGACUGGUUUGCACUUGGUGAAUGAUAUUUACUGCAGCAGCUGCCGACAAAUUCUUGGUUGGAGAUAUGUAAGUUAUUAACUCUUGAUGUUCUCUUUCAGGGAAAAUCUCGUGUUAAUGAUAAAUGUGCUUCCUUAUUGUACAUACGUUCAAAUUUAUGCUUUUCUUAAUCUUAAUAUGGAAUAUUUCAGCUAGCAUCUGUGGCUGUCCCAAAAUAUUUUUGACUAUAGCUUAGGGCUGCUGACAAUAAAGAAUACAUUCUGCAAGGGUCAGAUUCAAGUUUCCUACUUCGUUAAAGUGUAGAUCUUUUUUUAUAGACAUUUUUUGGUAAGACAUAAAACUCUAGGUCUCCCAUGCUAGGCCGUUUACUAUUUCCAUCUAUCUGUAAAUUAGGCUUUGACAAUUUGCUGGCAAAAAACAUUAGUCUUUGUUAUUCGAAAUGUUGUUCUACAGAAAGGUUAGCCACUCUGGUGUCCAUUAAGGCAUGGAAAGUGGUAGCAUUAAGUUGGACCAUAGCAACUCAGUUUAAAUUGGUCACAGUUGAGAAUAGCACAGUUUGAUUUGCGAACCCUCUUAAAAGACUCAUUUAAAUUGGUCAUUUCUAAUGCGCAUCAGGGAUCAAAGCUAUGAAAAAGCAGUACUGCUAGUAGGAGUUGGACUAAGUCAAUGAUCAUGGUUUCACAUAAGUGCUUCAUGAUUAAUUGGUUUCAUGUGAUUACUAGAAAUUAUAGUUGCAAGAAUGAGGAGAUGGAAAUUGUCUUCCUAGCACAGAGGAUGAGUGACCUCUUACCCUCCUAAAAUGAAAUCCUCUUGACAGUGAAAAGAUUGUUUUAUUAUAUGGAGAGUGGCUUUAAUCAUAUACUGAGGAACAUUGGAAUUCUGUAAGCGAAACAUAAUGAUUAGUGCGUUUAAGGUCUUGGGGAAUCAGUCAGACAGUAGGGAACGGGAUUGCAAGCGGGAACGAGAUUGCAAGUGGAAACGAGGUUUUAAAAAAACAUAUAUUUGAGCAGCAGGUUCAGAUCUCAUGAACUUCGGAGUUGCAUGUGAAAUGAUGAAUCUUCCGAUCUGUAGCGGCUAACACAACUGGAUGUGGGAUGAUUGGUGUUUGGAGAGGUGCUUGAAUAACGAAUAAACAGGAAAAUAUUUUUUGUUAGGUUUGCUUUCACUCAUAACAUGCGUGUGAAAUAGGAGUGGCGCGAGGGGAGAAGAAGGUAGAGAUGGGAACUCUUUAAAUGAGAAUCUGCGGUAUGUCUAGAGUUUGAUGCUUUUAGUCCCAAAAAUGCUUGGUAUUUAUGAUUUUACAACCCUAAAACGUGGAAGAGGAACCAUAGAUAAUGGGUCUGACAUUUCAGAAUUUUCUUAGAUACUGUAGAUGUGAAAAGGACCACACAAUCUUCAUGUUAACUUAUCUAAGCGAUUCUUGCAAUUCUUCAAUUAUAUGUUAUUACAUUGGUCCUAACUUUCUAUGAUAUUUAAGGACCACAUGUCGUUCUUAGCUUGUUGCCCCACUUUUCAAAUCGUCUUAUGUUCUGAUGAUUAUAAAUGAGUUAUUGAAAUAGGCUUAACUUGGCAGAGGAUGCAGAAAUUAUUGCAGAAAUUUGUGAGAUACAACAUAUGAUGGGUGAAGCAUCAGACGAGAUUAUUGUGUUCAAAGUGAUCAUGAGGUGCGCCAAAAUUUAGAGAAAUGCUUAUUGAAAUUGGAAUCAAACUGGAUUUUUUUUUGAGUUGGUCCAAGCAGUUGACCGAAGGGUGUAUACCCAUGAAAAUAAGCUGAGGAAGGAGACACUGUAUGGAGUGGUCGACAAUAUUACAUAGGAGGCAAAGUUUGGUAGGAUUGUAUGAAACUAGGAUCGUAGACUUGGAAAGAUUAACCACGAACUAAUCCAACUGAGCCCAAUCGUAGUUGAUUUGGCCAAUGCUUUUCAGAGUGGAUUGGAAUUGGCCAAAAAGUGUCCAUAUAAGAUUGAAAUCAGGUUGGGUUGCCCUGGUUUUUCUUUCAGAAUUCGGGGGUGGAGUUGGGCGGCUAUGACUUGUUUAGAUUCAUAUCCUGACUAUAUCUGAGCUGCGUUAGUUUCGAUCUGGAGCGUCCCCCAUUGACUUCUGUCCCUGCUCAACCCAUCCUAUUUGAUCAUUCACAUAUAAUAAUGGCCCUUCAUGCCCAGAUUCCGCCCAUCCUUCUUCACUUAUAUGUGUGUAUGGAACGUUAAUGCUGCAGGAGAAGGCGUUUGAGGAGAGCCAGAAAUACAAAGAAGGGAAGUAUAUCCUGGAGAAGGCCAGGCUGAUGAAGGAAGGUUGA